UAUAUAAAGUCCAACAGAGCAUCCCUCCUCUCUGUGUCUUGUUUUUUUUUCAAAAGCAUCGAUCAUAAAUCAUCUAUAUUAGAUAUGGCGGCUCAACCAAGCAAGCCAAAAGAAAUACCCGAACUAUACAGAAGCACUACUUAGCAUCAUCAAUCUACCACUACCAAAGUCAAUCAAGUCUAACGCUAGAAGUGGUCUAUACCUUUCUUUAUUUCUGAAGCUCCGUCUUGGUUUUGAUCGCCUUGCCCAGAGCCUUCUUUGAUUGCUCUCGCGGAAGAGGAGGGCAUCCGCUGGAAUGACAUGAUCAAGGUGGCAACAGUCAACUCCAUACAGUGAACUCCCGACAAGGGCAUGAGGCAGAAUGUAUCAUCCUUGACUGGGUGGACUGACACCCUAGCAGACCUUGGCUUCACUACGGAUAACAAUCGCUGCAAUGUUGCAUUGACUUGUGCAAAGCAGUGUCUAGUUAAUUGUUGUCGGUUCAACCUGUCGUGAGCCAAAUGGUCGAAACUGGAGACUACGAUGUCUAUAUCUUGGGUCUGGGGGUGGUUUAUAUGAGUUUUUAUAUAUCUAUUUACGAACACUACUCUACUCCUCGUCGUGACCUGGCAUUCUGUAUAGAUCUUUUUUUCUUUCUAAUAUCGAACCUUUUCUUCCAAGUCAUUCGUCUCGAGAGGCUUCCGCAUACUUAGUUAUUUGGGGCAAGAUCCUACAAAAUUGAAACCAUGGAAUAUCAAUGACCGCUCGAAUGGUAUCGCUUUUCGAGAGAGAUGAUGUCUAUAAG